GGGGAAAGUACAGAAAACAGGAAGUAAAUAAUUAACGUCAACACCGUCAAAAUGUCAAAACAAAUUUUUUUUGACUUUUUCAAGACUUUUUAACGUAAAUGUCGAGCACAAGAUAUGUAACAAUCGAUUUCAAAAAAUGAGUACUGAUACUGAAGGAGAGAAUGUCAAUUCUUCCGAAAAGGACACUGUCACGUCACACAGAAAGGGGUGUGACCCUCUCCUGUCAACAGCCAGAGGGAAAUUGCAGAAAAAACGUUCCAAGCUGAAUGAUGAAAUUAACAGAGAGUUACGAAUGCGAAAUGGAGCAGAAAAUCUCUUCAGAGCAACAGAUAACAAGAGAUUAAAAGAGCUUGUAUCAGUGGAGUUAUUGUUCUUUAAUUCUAACAUACAGCUGUUGAAAGAAGAAGUGUCAGAUCUAAAUAGUUCUGUAAAUAUAUACCAACAUGACAAUUCUACUGUUGUACCUAUGAUUCCACUGGGACUGAAGGAAACAAAAGAUAUUGAUUACAAAAUUGCAAUAAAGGAUUUUAUUCUAGAACAUUACAGUGAGGUUGCUGAUAAUUACGACACUGAGAUACAAGAUCUGCACGAAUUGAGACUGGCAUUGCGGACACCACAGAGAAAUGACUCGGGUGUAGAGUUACUGAUGGAGUAUUACAAUCAGCUAUAUUUUCUAGAGAAGAGAUUUUUCCCUGCUGACAGAAGGAUACCUAUAAUGUUUCAUUGGUAUGAUUCACUAACUGGGGUUCCAAACAUUCAGAAAACUUUGACAUUUGAGAAGGGAUGUGUGAUGUUUAACAUUGGGGCACUAUAUACACAAAUUGCUUGUAAACAGGAUAGAUUAACGAAAGAUGGAUUGAGUCGGGCAAUCAAGUAUUUUGAGUUAGCAGGUGGGGCUUUUCGCUACCUUCACAACCACUUCAGUCAUGCCCCUUCCAUGGACAUGCAACCACAGACUCUCACGAUGCUAGUCCAACUUAUGAUGUCUCAAGCUCAGGAAUGUGUUUAUGAGAGUCUGACAUUACAUGGUGUCACUCAGGGUAUACUACAGUAUUCAUAUGCAGCACAAGAAGCUUCAAUGGUGUCUCAAAUGUACCGAGAUACUCAACAACUGAUGAGUGCCGAUCAAGUUAAAGACUAUAUCCCAUACUCCUGGUUGUCAAUGGCACAGGUGAAAGCGGAAUAUUAUAAUGCACUGGCCAAUCAUUUAAUAUCAGACGCUCUUUUAGACCAACCAGACAGUAUUAAUGCAGACAGAGUUCGAGAGAUGGUCGCGUGUCUGUCGAACCAGGAGGAUGGGGAGGAUGACUUGCCCGUUAAAGUACCGCAAACUUUUGAUGAGCGGAAACAACUUUCAAAAGCCCAUUUGAAGGAAGCAUUAAUAUGCCAUGAAGAGGCAUUGAGACUACACAACAUGUGUAAACAACUUAGAAAAGUGGACACGUUUCUCACAAUAUUGAAGAGGGCUCAUGAUCAAUCAGUGUCCAAGUUUUCUACACUAGAAGAUGAGGAUGAUUUUACAGAGAUACACAUUGCCCCUAAAAUCAAGGCUACAACACUACAAAUAGUGGCUCCUGUCACACCUGAGUUUUCUAAGGUCAAAGUUCAAGAAAUAUUCAAGAAAUUGGGUCCAAUAGCAGUAUUCAAUGCCAAGAAUCACUGGACAGCCCCUAGAACACUUGCACUAGAUAGGCCACCAGGUCAGGGGUAUGGUUUCAGUGUGAGGGGUGACUGUCCUGUCAAAGUGGCUGAUAUAGAACCUGGCAGUGUAGCUGAGUAUGGCAAUAUUAAUGUGGGAGAUUUUGUUGUGGCAGUAGGUGGUAGUGACACAAAAUGGGCAAAACAUGAUGAAGUUGUGACCUUAGUACGCAAGUCUGGCAGCCAUCUUGUUUUAAAACUUAUUACUCCAAUGAAUCAAGACUGUCUUGAUGCCGGCCCAGCGUCGGCGCCGAGCACGCCUAGAACACCAAUGAGAAUGGUUAUUUCAUCCAGUAGCUUGUCGGCGUCAAGCAAUAAGAGCAAUAAAAGUAGACUCAGUGCACCUUGGAUCUUUGCCAAGAAAGGUUCUAAAGAUAAAGAUGAUCACGAGGAAGAAUUUAUCCUGGUCGGACAAGACGCGGAUAAGUUUAGUGAUCAUGAUAUUCUGAUGUGAUUAAACAUGUAUAUAUAAAUGGUAAAGCUGGUCAAAAGAUAUGUUCUUAUGUGGGAAGUUAAGUUAAAAAAAGUGAAUACAGCUUUAAAGUCAGUGCUAAAGCUAAUGACAUUGCUAUAUAAAAUCAUGUAUGCAAUACUGUAAGUCUUCCUUCUGUUUCGAAAUGUUUAUUUUGGCUGCAUUGGACUCAUGAAUACUUUGUUAAUUUGAUCAAUUUUUGAAACAAUUAAUUUUAAAUAUUUCAUAAAAAAAAUCCCCAUUGAUGGAUUCUUUGAAUAUUCAUCUUAUUGUUUUACAAGAUUUAAGCUCUUUUUUUCAAGCUAAAUUGCUUUAAAGAUUUUUUUGGUGUUCUAAGUUUACUAUUGAGUAUAUUGCAGAUUUUUUGUUCUUGUUUUUCUUGUGUUUGUUGCCAAAUAUAUAUGUUACAUUUUUCUGUAACUUACAUUAAUUUUAACCAUUUUACUUCAAACAUUCUUUCUGCUGCCAAGCUUUAUCUGUCAAUCAUUACCAAACUGUUGUGUAACAUAAAAUAUGUAUCAGUAUUAAAAUUUCAUCUAUAUAUUUCUUCAUACAACAUAUAUACAUUCAAAUCUCAUUUUAAGAUAUGUCAGAUUUUAUAUGCUGUAAAAAAAGGCAGGAACUUUUUUCUCUUUUGGAUUAUUUUAAAGUAUUUUAAAGUAUCGGGUAUUUUAAGUUUAUUUAAACAAUGUGACAUGAUUGCUUGAUUUAUUAUUUAGAUAAUGUUUCAGAAUUAUGAAACAUUUAGUGCUUUUAGCUAAAAUAUGUGAUAUUUUGGUGUAUAACACAUAUAUGGUUAAUUUCUCAAUUUGUGUAAUAUUAAAAUAUGUUGAUUUUUUUUCUUUUUAUUGAAUAAAUUCUAUCAUAAGGUCAGAACAAAUAUGUUGAUUAGUUUGUGCUUUAUUUUUCUAAAAGACUAGUGUUCUGUUGGUUAUUUUCUCUUGUAUUAUAUCUAAUGUUAUGAUGAUAAUCCAUCUAUAAUAAAUCCAUCUAUAAUAAAGUAUAUGUUAAAAAUAUUACAUGUAGUGUGUUGAUUGAACAUAGUGUGUGUACAUAACCAAAAUUAUCAUGUGGGUUACAAUUGCCAGGAUUCAUACUCUUUCUUUUUUUUUUUUCAUUUGUUACAUUUGUGAUAUUUUUGACUAUUGUUGGAUAAUAGCUCGGAUGUUCAAAGAGAAUUUUUUUCUCUCCUCAGUAUAGAAAUCUUGUAAAUUCAAGUAAGCAUAGAUGUAAACAUGAAAGAUAAUAAUUUCUUUUCUCAUAUAUUUUUAAUUUUAUUUCUCAUUAUUUCUGUAGAAAUAAAAUAAAAAAGAAUAAAUGACAGUCUAGUUAUGGGCAAACUAUCAUUGGAAUACUUAAACAAAACUUGUUGAUGAAUUUUUUAUACAUUGCUGAUGUAUGCCUUAUGUAGUAUACGUUUUUCCGAAGAAAUACAUAUACAAUAUACAUGUAUAUGCAAAUGAGUUAUGAAAUCCUUGUACAUACGUCAUUUACACACACAUAUUAUACAUGCUUUAUUUACACCGUUUAUCCAUAUAUUCAUAUUGAUAUUAUAAUCCAUGUAUAUACAAGUUUUAUACACAUUAACUUACAGCUAUGCAAAUAUAAUAAUUGAGCCGCGUCAUGACAAAACCAACAUAAUGGGUUUGCGACCAGCAUGGAUCUAGACCAGCCUGCGUAUCUGCGCAGUCUGAUCAGGAUCCAUGCUGUUCGCUUACCAACUCUAUUACAAGUAGAGAAACUGAUAGCGAACAGCAUGGAUCCUGAUCAAACUGCGCAGAUGCGCAGGCUGGUCUGGAUCCAUGAUGGUCGCAAACCCAUUAUGUUGGUUUUGUCAUAACGCGGCUCAAUUAUAUAAAUGUUAUGUAUAUAAAUCACACGGUGGGGAAACAACUAUAUGAACACCUUUUAUCACUUGUUUAAGUAACACAUUGAAACGUCUAUGUAAUGUUUUUAUUAUAUAAUUCAGUUUUGUCUCAGAAUUAGUGAUAUAAAUGUACAAUUACAUUAUAAGAAAACUUCAGUUACAGUUUGUUAGUUAUAUUUAGAUUAUUAAUGAAUUUUGUUUUUGUUUGAUAACAUUAUCUGAAUUGUCCAAGUUAAAAAGAUUUACUAUACAAUAAAAGUACCUAAUUUACAGUGACCAUACCUUCUGAUAUUUAGUCUAUCUGAUACAAAACACAGCAAUAUGUUUGGGAAGUCUAGGAAUAUUAUGUCAACUUGCUUUUUAUAGGUUAAAAAAAAUGAAUUAAAAGUGAAAGUUGAUAAGGUUGUGUACACUGUCACUACAUACAGUUUAACCUGUGAACAAGGUCACAAAAGGGAGAGAUCAACAAUGGUCUUUAUAGACAAGUGGUCUGUAUUUGGAGGUUACUUUAUUUCAAAUUAUAUCAAUGAACGGUUGUCAAAAAGUGGCCUUUAUCCACAAGUUAUCUUUAUUUAGGGGUGGUUUUUAACACAGGUUUACCUAUACAUGUAAUAGUUUAUGUAUUUUGAUUUCAGAUAUCUAUGGGUUCUUGUUUUAGACGAAGUUUGACAUAAUUUUGCCCCUCCUUUAACUUACAAGUUUUAUAAUAAGAUAUUUUCUUAUCAACAUGUAUGUCAGUGAUUUUUCACCUUAAUAUAAAAAAGGCCUAAGCAAAAUCAUCUAAAAAAUUCUGCAGUUUUCUCAGAUAUCUGAAUUUACACCAGAUUUUUUUCUUCCUAAAUUAGCAAUUUUAGAAACAUUUUUUUCCUAAAAUCAAAGGGCUAAUGCCACUUCCCAAUUAAGUUAAAAACAACCACUGUAUGUGGAAAAGUAGAAAACCCUGUCUUACUUAAUAGACAGCCCUUUCUUUAUUUCAGACUGAUUUAUAAAACUGAUAAAAAGAAUAUAAGUCAUAAAUCUAGGUAAAAGGAUUUAAAUUAUCAUUAAGUUUGUGUGUUUAAUUUUUUCACAAUGUUGUAAAGAUUACAUAUGGAACGUUCUGCUUGUAUUGUGUUUGAACAUACAUGUUAGGAAGGAAAAAAACUGGAGACAUGAUAUUGCUGUGUUGUUGUAACAGAUAUAUAUAUAACAUUUAAAAUAUGUCCCAAAAUUGUAUAUAGAAAGUUAUGAUUUUUGAAAUUUUAAUCCUAUUUUUGUUACACUUAUUUUAGACUAGUGCCAAAGUUAUGUUGUGUUUUUAUUAUAAUAACAUAUAUAUUAGAUAGAGUUUAUAUAGUUGGCG